AUGAUAAGAGUAGGGAUCCUUUCUAGAACCAGGUUGGUCAACGCCAACAGCAUCAUAAAGCCCUCCACUUUCGUACGAUCCUUCAGAACAUCUUUGCUUCUCCACAGAGAGCAACCCAAGAAUGAACUCAAGCAUACUUUGGAACCAAAUGCAAAGAAAACAUUUCAGAAGCAAAGAGAUACGUACCAGAGGCAAAAGGAGUCAACUAAGCAGCUAAUUGCCAAGACCCAAGCAUACCAGAAGGAAUUGCAGUCCACCACGAAGAAGAACAUUGAAACCAUCAUCCCGAAGCACGAAAACAUUUACACAAUUCCUAAUAUCUUAACGUUCACAAGAAUAGCCACCACUCCGGUAAUCGGGUACUUACUUUGUCACAAUCAGACCGCCUGGGCCAUGUCAUUUUUUAUAUAUUCAUGCUGUACUGACUUUGUUGAUGGAUACAUUGCGAGAAAGUACAAUAUGGGUUCAGUAUUGGGAUCCAUCAUUGACCCAAUGGCCGAUAAGUUUCUAAUGACCGUAUGCACCUUGUCACUCUGCUAUAACCUGACUAUGCCCUUGUACUUAGCUACUUUGAUUAUCGGAAGAGAUGUCAUGUUGGGAUUCAUGGCAUUGUACUACAGAUUUGUCUCAUUGCCACAACCUAGAACCUUUUUGAGAUUCUGGGACUUUCUGAUCCCAAGUGCCAGUGUUCAUCCUACGACCUUGUCCAAGUGGAAUACAGGCUUCCAGAUGGUAUAUAUUGGAAGUUUGAUGCUAAGACCAGGUAUCGAGAUGAUGCUUGUCGAUAGUGAAUGGAUCCUGGCCCUUGACUACUUCUUGACGGGAUUUGGAUACUUGGUUGCUUCGACCACCUUCAUUAGUGGCGCAACUUAUCUUUUCUCUAAGGAUGCAGUCAAGAUAAUUGGAAAGAAGUAA